AUGAGGUUCUGGGGUGCCAGAACAGUUCAAAUUGGGUCUGUCGCUUGGUUUUCAUGGGGAGGUAGCGCCACAAAAACAGACGAACCAUCGAAUAAACUACGAACCUGCCCGAUUCAAGUUCAACAACCAGAACAAGCGCAAAAUGAUGUAUUAUUGAGUAGAACAAUCGUGAAUCAUUUGGAUCGCUCAAACCUCAAACUUCGGCUAUAUCAAUACGAAACAUGUCCGUUUUGCUGUAAAGUUCGCGCAUUUUUGGAUUAUUAUGGUUUUUCGUACGAAAUUGUGGAAGUUAAUCCGGUGACAAGAUCUCAAAUCAAAUUUAGUACGGAUUACAAGAAAGUUCCGAUUGUUAGAAGUGGAGAAACCAAUCUCACUGAAUCUUCUUUGAUUAUUUCACAAUUGGCUACUUAUAUUCAACGACCAGAUAAAUCAUUAAAUGAUAUUAUUGAAAUGUAUCCAGGAGUGAAUUCAACAAAUGAAAAGGGUAAACCUGUAAGUUACCAUGAUAUUUUUUUGUUAAGAAAACGGAAGAAAAGCGAAGAAAACCUAUUCAACACACAAAUCGCCACGAGACCCAACGAAAAACAACAUGUUCCUUUAAGAUAUUAUCGAAAAUCUCCACGCGCUCUACCGAAAUAAACACGCAACGCAGACCGCGUCGCGCCACAACACACACAAAAAGGGAGGGAAUUUGAAUCGUUCCCCUAUUUGUGUGUUGUGGCGCGGCGCGGUCUGCGUUGCGUGUUUAUUUCGGUGGAGCGCGUGGAGAUUUUCGAUAAUAUCUUAAAGGAACAUGUUGUUUUUCGUUGGUUCUCGUGGCGAUUUGUGUGCUUAACCGACCUGAAUAGGUUUUCUUCGCUUUUCUCCUGCACUGUCUUCCGCUUUAGCGGCCGUGUUUGGAUAUCCACGUCAUAGCAUUCCGCGUGGUCGCUAAAGCGGAAGAUCGGGCCGCUGCGCGGAAGCUUGCGGUUUACACUCGCUUCGCUCGAAGGAACAACAAGCCUCCGCUUUAGCGGCCACGCGGAGGCUUGCUGUUCGUUCGAGCGAAGCGAGUGUAAGCCGCAAGCUUCCGCGCAGCGGCACUAGCUUCCGCUUUAGCGGCCACGCGGAGGCUUGCUGUUCGUUCGAGCGAAGCGAGUGUAAACCGCAAGCUUCCGCGCAGCGGCACCAUCUUCCGCUUUAGCGGCCUCGCGGAGGCUUGCUGUUCCUUCGAGCGAAGCGAGUGUAAACCGCAAGCUUCCGCGCAGCGGCACUAUCUUCCGCUUUAGCGGCCACGCGGAGGCUGAGUGUAAACCGCAAGCUUCCGCGCAGCGGCACUAUCUUCCGCUUUAGCGGCCACGCGGAGGCUGAGUGUAAACCGCAAGCUUCCGCGCAGCGGCACUAUCUUCCGCUUUAGCGGCCACGCGGAGGCUGAGUGUAAACCGCAAGCUUCCGCGCUAGCGGCACUAUCUUUCCGCUUUAGCGGCCACGCGGGGAGGAUUGCUGUUCCUUCCGCGUGGCCGCUAAUCCGGAAGAUAAUCGAAAUUUCAGAUGAUUUCCUAUCCCAACCGAUUUUUCAUCAUGAAAGGACAAAUCGAACCCGAAAGCGAUAUGGCAGCAGCCAGGGAAGAACGAGAAUGGCGUGAAUGGGUCGACAAUUGGUUUAUCCAUCUCAUUUCACCAAAUGUCUAUCGAACUUGGGAUGAAUCAUUGGAGACGUUCCGAUGGUUUGAAAUUGUCGGAGAUUGGCAUCGCGCAUUUCCAGCUUGGGAACGUAUUUUGGCGGUUUACAUCGGCGCUGCUGCAAUGUACAUUUUAUCGAAAACUUUGAAGAAGAAGUGAGAAGAUUUUUGAUAAUCAAUUUUUUAAAUUUGAAAAAAAUUCAGGCAUAAUAUCGUAGAUGAACGUGAAGAAUUACGCAAAGCUUGUAGAGAUUUCAUGGCAGCAAUCGGGCCGAAUCGACAAUUUUUAGGAGGAGACAAGCCUAGUUUAGCAGACUUGGUAAAUCAGUUUUCGCGGGAAAAUUUUUGAUGAAACAUACCAAAUCAACCAUGCUGAUCACGAUUCUGAAGUUAAACAUUGUCAAAAAUCGCUGUGAGCACCUUUGGAGCCCAUUUUCUCCAUGUUCCCGCGUGGAAAAUCAACUUUUAUAAUUUGAAUAAGGUUGUUUACCACAUUCGAAACCCUAGAAGCUUUUUAGUUUUUCAAAAAAUAAUUUUUAAAAAUUACAGUUUACACCUGGUUUUUUAAAAAUAUUUUUUGAAAAACUAAAAAGCCGAUAGGUUUUGGAAGGUGGUGAACAAGCUUAUUCAAAUUGUAAAAGUUGAUUUCCCACCCGGGAACAUGGUGAAAAUGGGCUCCAGAAGUGCUCACAGGGAUUUGUGGCAAUUUUUGACUUCAGGAUCGUGAUCAGCAUGGUUGAUUUGGUAUAUUUUGUUAGGAAAUAUCAGAUUUUUUAAAAAUUAUACUUACAAGGGAACCUUUUUUACUCAACACUUCAAAUCUUGAUGAAAUUCUGUCCAUAGACAGCUUUUAGUGUCAUAAGAACAUCCUAAACAUUUUAGGACCUAUGAGCCAAGUUUUGGACUCUCAAAAAUUCAAAAAUUGCCGAAAUUGGCUUAUAAAAGUUAGCAUAACUCAAUAAUUUUUAGGAGAAAUCAAGUUUUUCACGAAAAUUAUUGAGUUAUGCUAACUUUUAUGAGGCAAUUUUUGAACUUUUGAGAGCCUUGGCUCAGAGGUUCUGAAAUUUUUAGGAUGUUCUUAUGACCCCAAAAGUUGUCUAUGGUAUUGUUGGACAUCGACUAAAUGACAUUUUCAGGUUUUUUAAGCAAAUGAUUUGAAAUAUUGGGUUUUAAUUUUAUUCAUAUGAUAGAAUGGUCUAAGACGAACAAAAUGAUAUAAAUUUUGAUGAUUUUAGGUUAUCCUUAAGUGAUUUAGCGACCUUAUCGACUAAAUAUCGACUUAAGGUCGCUAAAUCACUUAAGGAUAACGUAAAUUCAUCAAAAUUUAUAUCAUUCUGUUCGUCUUAGACCAUUCUAUCAUAUGAAUAAUAUUAAAACCCAAUAUUUCAACUCAUUUGCUUAAAAAACCUGAAAAUGUCAUUUAGUCGAUGUCCAACUAUACUUUUUCUAUUAAAAAUCGAAAAAAUUUGAAAAUUUCAUCAAAAAUCAUGCAAAUUUAUGUUUUUACUGUAAAAUAAGUCAAAAUUGUCCAAAAACUAUAGUCUAUGGACAAAAUUUCAUCAAGAUUCGAAGUGUUGAGUAAAAAAGGUUCCCUUGUUAGUUCAAAUCUAUGAUUCUAUGAUUAUCUAUGAUUUUUUUUUAUUUUUUUUCUUUUGCAGAGUCUCUACGGUGCAAUGAAUUCAUUCUACGGUUGUUCUGCAUUCAAAGAAGUGAUUCUAACGGAAAAAAUCGCCGAUUGGUAUUAUCGAAUGGAUAAAGUUGUGAAAAAUCAUGAGGGUCGAAAACAGCUCGAAGUCAGAAGAAAUCAGGUCUAG